AGCCAUUGUAAAAGUAAAUUGUCCAAUUACCAGAUUGAAAGUUCUUGGUGACUUAUAUACAUCCUAAACAUUAAUCAGACAGAAUGCCUUACAGACAAGAUACAAAAUGUAACAGCUGUCUAUAUAUGAAACAAAGAACAAUGUUAACAAAAUGGAUUUAAUUAAUAUUACCAAUUAAUUAUGUCUGUUGAAUUUAAUCAAUGAUCAAAAUAGAUUUUAGAUUUGUAACAAUACAGUGAAUUACGCUUACAACAGGGGUUUGGGGGACUGCCAAAUAUCCGGAUAUCUUCGUACCUGAGAAGCAACCAACUUGAAAACAAGAGUUGGCACCACAGACUCAGCAUUGUUAUAAGCCAUAUCUUUAAAAGUGGAGUUUAUUGUAUGUGAAGGAAAAACCUUCAUUGAGAAUUUGAAGGAUAACAAACAUCAUAUUAAAAUAUUCUAAUAGAAACUGAUAUUGUAAGGGAUGUAUUACUGUCUCUAAACUGUCUUGUAUUUGAAGCACCAGGCAUUUCAAAAGAUUACACCAAUAGGUCAAAAAAGUAGGACCAUCUAUAUUUCAUUUUCAUCACCAGAGUAAGAAAGAUAAGAAUGUUGUAACUAACCCUGACAUGGUACCUUACUCCCACAAUCCACCUGGUCAUACAUGUGGUCUUCCCUGCUGCAGUAAAGACCUGCAAGUACAGCUACGAACACACAAGCCUAACCGAAGCUGUAUUGGUAUACAGGAACAUGAUAUUCUCGCACAGAAUUUUACAUUUAAAGGAAAAAUAAAAAGCGGACCAGGGUUAGAAAAUGGGUUCUUUUCAGUUCAAGAGGAGAAGGAAACUCCGCGAGCAGAAAUUCCUAAAUUUGGUAGUGUGCAAGGUGGUCUGUCAGCAAUUUCUGAAGAACAGAAAAGUUACAGUUUUCUAAAAGGAAGGGGGAUAACUCUUCCAGAGGCAGAUGAUCCACAUGCAACUGAGAAAUUGUACCUUGAAGAUAUGGGUGAAAGUGACGAUUUUGAACACUUUGAAAUCAAAGGGUACGAUAGUGGUAUUGAAACAAUUCGGGAAAAUGAAAUAGAUUAUUACAUAACUGUUAAAAGUCCUUCACAACCAGAAAAAGGAGUUCCAUACAAUCCCAAGGAUUUUGAAGGCUCGCAAAUGUAUCCAUGGGACCAGUUAAAAGACCUUAAAGAUACUCCUAGUAUCAAAACAACAAGUGAAAAAGGUGAUGACAGCUCAAGUUCCAACUAUUACAGUUCUGGGUCAAAUUACUAUGAAGUUAUACCAUAUUCAGAUGAGAAACCAUUACUGAAAAAAGACAAAAUUGAUGAACCUAUCUCAGCAAACAUAACUGACAACAAGAAUGAUACCAGUUCAAAGGAUCGCAAAAAUUCUAAAUCAUUUCCAUUAGCGCAACCAUUACCUCCUUUGCCUCCAAAACCUCCGGCUCAAAACCAGUUUAAUCAUCCACCUCUGAAAAAGCCAGAUUCUGCAAAACCACCUGAUCCGUCAAAAGGCAUAUCAGAUACAACAAAAGAUGGUCUUAGUGAUACAGACUCAUCACAAACUAAGUACAAUAUGUACAGCUCAGUGUGUUCUAUAUCGAGUAUGGCAAAUCAAAUGACCAAAGAGGCUUAUGAAAGAUUUAUGUCCCUUGAUCGUAGAAGUCUUUUGCAAAAAUCGUACCACAGGGAUAUUCGAGAUUUUGACUUUCAAGGUAAUGAUAUGCCAAUUGGAAGCACAAAUCUGGAUCUUGCAGUUACUAAAGCCAGACUUAAUCAGUUGUUUAAGGAUAAAAAAGAUACAACUUUGGUACAUAAAGAUGGUAAAGUUACGAGCCUAACAGUAGAAUCAAGCAGUAACAGUUCAAAUACAAAUGCUAAAAGCAACAGCCUUAAACAUGGUUUAGUAAAGGGAGGCAUGGAAAAAGUCGGUGAUGAACUAAAAGAAAAACUUAUAGGUAAUGAUCAGUUUAACAAAACAAGUAGUGACGAUGAAGAUGAUCUGAUCUAUGAUGAUGACAAUGGAAUUAUUAACCCUGGAUUUAAGAACAUUAAUGUUGAUGGUAAGAUUUUAGGCUCGAGGCAUUCUCUAGACAGGGAUAGUAGUUUUGGUGAGGAAGUCUGUGACAGGUUUCUACAUUUAUGGGGAGAGGGAGAAGACAAUAAGGUGAAUGAUGAUGAAAUGAAGGUAAUGGAGUUAUUGAAGGAGAGGUUGGGAAAUGUGGACAACUCCGAGGAGAGUACAUCAGGAGAGUCUUUCAGUGAUAAUCCUAUCACUCUUAUACUGUAAUGCCUUAUCUUUGAUAAAUCAUAUCAUGUACAUCAAAAUAUCUAUAUAUUGUUUUCACUCUGUGCCUUAACACAUCUCUGUAGGGAGUUAUUAUUCUACCUUUUCUUGUUACAUGACCACAUUUUUAAUACCUUUCCUUUACAUUUGAAAAUUGCAUCACUGAUUUACAUUACAUCUAAAGCAU